AUGCCGGCGGCGGCGGGGGACGGGCUGCUGGGCGAGCCGGCGGCGGGGGGCGGCGGGGCCGGCGAGGACGCGGCCCGCGGGGGAAGUUCGCUGCCCGCCUGGGCGAGCGGGGUGCCCCGCGAGCGGCUGCGCGCCUUCCAGCACCACAAGCGCGUGGGCCCCUACCUGGUGGGCAGCCGCAAGCUGGGCGAGGGCUCCUUCGCCAAGGUGCGCGAGGGGCUGCACGUGCCGACCGGCGAGAAGGUGGCCAUCAAGGUCAUCGACAAGAAGAGAGCGCGGAAGGACACCUACGUCACCAAGAACCUGCGGCGGGAGGGGCAGAUCCAGCAGAUGAUCCGCCACCCCAACAUCACGCAGCUGCUCGACAUCCUGGAGACGGAGAACAGCUACUACCUGGUCAUGGAGCUGUGCCCCGGCGGCAACCUCAUGCACCGCAUCUACGAGAAGAAGCGGCUGGAGGAGGCGGAGGCGCGCAGGUACAUCCGGCAGCUCGUCUCGGCCGUGGAGCACCUGCACCGGGCCGGCGUGGUGCACAGAGACUUGAAGAUAGAGAACCUGCUGCUCGACGAAGACAACAACAUCAAGCUGAUCGACUUCGGACUGAGCAACUGUGCGGGGAUCCUGGGCCACUCGGACCCGUUCAGCACGCAGUGCGGCAGCCCCGCCUACGCCGCGCCCGAGCUGCUCGCCAGGAAGAAGUACGGCCCCAAAAUCGACGUCUGGUCCAUAGGCGUGAACAUGUACGCCAUGCUGACCGGGACCCUGCCCUUCACCGUGGAGCCCUUCAGCCUGCGGGCUCUGUACCAGAAGAUGGUGGACAAGGAGAUGAACCCGCUCCCCACCCAGCUCUCCACAGGAGCCGUCAGCUUCCUGCGCUCGCUGCUGGAGCCCGACCCCGUGAAGAGGCCCAACAUCCAGCAAGCGCUGGCCAACCGCUGGCUGCACGAGAGCCACACGGGUCGGGUGCCCUGUGUCACCUACCCCAACAGGAUCUCGCUGGCCGACCUGAGCCCCAGCGUCGUGCUGCACAUGACCCAGACGCUGGGCUACAAGAACAGCGACGUGGUCAACACGGUGCUGGCCAACCGCGCCUGCCACAUCCUCGCCGUCUACGUCCUCCUCAACAAGAAGCUCGAGCGCCACGUGUCGGGGAAAUCCGACGUGCCCGACGGCGUCUGCUCCAAGGCCCCGCUCUGCCCGGGGGACAGGUGCCGGCCCGGCAGGGAGCCCUGUGAGGCCUCCCUGGACACGUGGCCACGAGACCUUGAAUUCCACGCCGGGCAGGACAGGAAGCCCAAAGAGCAAGAGAGAAAGGGGGACUUCCUUCCCCGGCCGUUCCCCAAGAAGCUGGAGCAGCACCUGCCGGCGCCCAGGCCGCCCCCCGCCGCGCUCGCGACGCAGCUGCAGAGCACCAGGGCGCCGCUGCGGGACCGCAAGGCCCGGCCCGGCCUCCCCGACAGAGAUUCCUUCAGCUGCCGCAGUAUCUUCCGCAAAACCUCGGACCCCAGUUGUGUGGCCUCCUCCUCCAUGGAGUUCAUCCCCGGCCCCCCGCCCAGGACCCCCCGGAUCGUCAAGAAGCCGGAGCCCCCGCUGCAGGGCCCCGGGGGCAGCAGCGUCGCCCCCAGAGAGGAGCCGCUGGUGCGGGACAUGGUCCGCUCCUUCGAGUCCGUGGAGCGCGAGGACCCGCCGGACCUGCUGCCCCCGGCCGCCCCCUGCAGGGCGCUGGGCCCCCCCGGGGAGCGGGCGCUGUCCCCCUCCCUGCUGCCCGGAAGCCCGUCCCCUCUCCAGACUCCUUUGCCCCCCACCCUGGUCUCCUUUGCUCACGAAGAGAACUGCCUCCCGAAAGAGGGGGGCGUGUGCCCCUCCCCCCUGGGUCCCGGUGCCGGUGCCCCGCAGCCCCUGGGGAGCCCCAAUGGGGUGAAAAGCCGGGGCCGGUUCCCCAUGAUGGGCAUCGGGCAGAUGCUGCGGAAGCGGCACCAGAGCCUGCAGCCCCCCGCAGACCGGCCGCUGGAGGCCAGCCUGCCCCCCCUGCAGCCCGCGGCGCCCGCCAGCCUCCCCUUCGACGUGGCCCCGGCCGUCCAGGGCCAGUGCUAACCGGGCAGCCGUGGGACUGGGCGCCCCAAGGACAGCGACGGCACGAGCCCCACAGCCCUUCAGGCGAAGGCUCAGGACCCCCCGCACGGCCCGGCCUCCAGCCACGCAGCUCCCACCUGGGGGGCGGCUGAACCCACAGGCCCCACGCCGCUCCACCCGGUCUGGCGUCAGGACCCGCAGAUGCCGGAACUCCCUUGCAGGGUGGGCUGGGGUACAGCCGGUGACGCUCCUUUCCUCCCCCUCCCUCUCCCCCCCUCACCUGGGCUGGGGUGAACACCUGCAUCGGCCCGGGCGCUCAGGUCAGGGCCCCCCUCACUGUGCUCUGCUGAGCCUCUGGAUCACCUCCCUUCAGCCACGGGGACUGAGGCCACGUCCUCCAGCCACGGUUUCCUGUCCUGGAUCGCCAGCCGGACCUCGCGGGAAGAGGGGCAGGAGCCACGGCCACGUGCUGGCCCCUCAGCGGCAGGGGCAGCUGGGCACGGACCGGGCCGGCG